AAAAACAGUAAAUUAAGUGAAAAAUAAACACCAUUUACCGAUUAGCAAAUGAUAUAAUUCUACUUAAUUUUAUAGAUUAAAGUGGAAUCUAUUUUACUCAUAUCAAAUAACCGGAGUCUCUCUCUCUCACAGUCUUGUAUAUGAGCACAAAUUCUAGAAAUUAUGAAUCAUAUUUAUUAUAUCCAAGUUUACAUUCAAAUCAACAGGUGAAUGUUUCAGUACAUCGAACGUGUUCAAACAUUACAGAUCCAUUUAGAAGUAACAAUAAUAAUUACAAUCAUCAAAUAAAUUUAUUAAAUAUGUCAUAUGUGAAUUCAAUAUUGUCACCAUCUCAACGUACCUAUUUAACUCAACAAUCUUCAUUCAAUCCUACAUCUAUUAUUAACAAUAACAAUUUAAGUAUACUUAAUAUACCUAUCACUUCAUAUAAUACUAAAACAUUAUACAAAGAUGAUACAAUACAUACGUCUGUUAGCAACAAUAAUGUAAAUUCAAGAAAAACGGAGACAAUUUUAUGUUUAAAACGUUUAUUCACCUUUUUAUUAUCACAUGUUGGUUUAGCUAUUCUAGUUAUUAUUUAUACCAUAAUAGGUGGUUCAAUCUUUUACGCUGUAGAACGUGAACAUGAAUCACAAAUAAAACUUAAAAUGUUUGAAAAACGUACCAUUUUAAUUAAAGAUUUAAUAUUAGAAUGGAGAAAUUCACAAUUAGAAUUAUUCCAUACAAUAUUGAAUCAUGUAAAUAUUAUUCAACAAUUUGAAGAAACAAAUUUUGGCAAAAAAUUCAAUAUUCAUUCAAAUUUAUAUGAUUCCAUUGAACAUUUAACUAAAAUAAAUAGUCAUAAUAAUAAACUAUAUUUAACAAAUCUAUUAAAAGAUGAACAAAAACAACAAUUAUAUGGUUUAUCAUGGUAUUUAUCAACAUUAGGAUGGCCAAAAAGAAUAUUACCACAAUGGUGGUUUUAUAAAAAUUAUACUCAUAUUAAUAUACAACAAGAAAUCGAAUUACCUAGUAACAUAAUAACAGAUAAAUUAAUCAAUAAAACAUUAGACAAUUCAACUUCUAUAUUGAUCAAUUCUAUGAACAAUUCAAAUGAAUAUAAUGUAACUACCUCGUCUUUAUUGAAUGUAACCAAUUCAAUAAAAUCAAUAAAUAAUGGGACACAAUUACCAAUAUCAAUAUCUAAUAAUAAUAAUAAUAAUAAUAAAAAUAAUAAUAAUACAUUCAAUUUACAAUUCAAAAAUGAUACACAAAUAGAUCAUCUAUAUUUUUCUAAAAAUUUAAUUAAUUCAUUACCAAAACAUAUUAUACUACUGACAAAAUUAGAUGAUAUAUUACCAAUUAUAUUAAAUAAAAGUUAUCAAAUUGAAAAUAAUUUACAAUAUAAAUUAGCUAAAUAUGUUGAACAAAUUAUAAUCGCUAUAAAAGAUGAAGGAUGGAAUGGUUCAGAGCAUACAGAUGAUUUUAAUUGGACAUUUGAAGGAAGUAUUUUAUUUGCUGUCACUAUUAUAACAACAAUAGGUAAGAGAAAUAAUACUAACUAUAUAUAUAUAUAUAUAUCGAAUAGUGAUUACGAAAAUUAUGGUUAGUUUUUGAUAGAGUUUUGUUUUUCUGAGCUGGAUGGUUUGGUCGUGGAGCUUUCAUCGUUCUUCUGAACGACAUCAUCAACACAAACUUCAGAUAGAAGUGAAGUGUUCGAAUUUCUCCAUAUACAUUUCACAGCUUGUUCUGUACAUAACGAUGUACAAAGCAAUUAAGUGAACAGUUUACUAUAUCUCAUAUUCACAUUUACACUUAUUAAUUUGUUUACUUAGAUUGAUGAUUAAAACUACCCGGCAAACAGAGAAUUGAUUCAAAUAUAAUCUUUAAUUAUAUCCAGUACCAUAAAUAAGUGAUUUUUUAUCUCAAAUAAAGAUUAUACAGUUCUUGAGGGUUUGUUGAUUCUUGUUAAUGAUAUUCAAAACCGCAAAUGAUCAGUUUCUGUUGGCAUGUUAACACUAUGCAUAGACUGCCUCAAUAUAGAAUUAUAUCACAAACCCCAGUAUAUUUGAUGUGAAACCAGCAAUUUAAUGCAGAACACUUGUUUCUUACUUUUUGAGACUCGCUAUCUGAAUUUACCUGCUUCCCAGCGUUCGUAUUCAUAUUAAGACUUUAGUCCAGUAAGGUUCACUUGUAACUUCGAUUUAUUAUUCACAGAGCUAGUCAGGGCAAAGCAUUCGUCCAGGAUUUCAUAUCUACCGACAUACCCAAUAAACUAAUAUAUAAUAUUACUUAGUAAUGAAAAUAACCGACUUCUAAACAUAUAAGCUACACCACCACAUACACAAAUUUCAUAACUACUCAAUAAGUUAGUCGUCAUAUAAUCAGUUCAAUAUUAGUCGACUCACUUGUAAGUGUUAAAUAAGUCAGUUUGCUAAAAAUUACCUAGACUCUAACAUACUAGCUCUGAGUGUACUCACAGUCUAGUAAUAAUCUCAAUAACUGAUCAAUUCAAAGCCAAAGUUAAUUAAAUAUUGGUUCACCUAAUUUAUAUUGACAAACAUUAACUAAAUAGUUUAUAGAAAUUCAUUAGUAAAUAGACAUUUUUCAUUACAGUUGCAUAAUAACCUACUAAGAAAGCUUAGUGAAUCAAUAAAAAAUUAAAAUACAGUUAGCAACUAAUCUUUUCUCUAUUCAUCAUCCAAUUUUUUCCUUUAAUAUAAUGAAAACUGAAUAACUAAAUUGUUAUUAUUAUUUGUAAUUAUAAAAUGUUAAGUUCGUAUGUUACAUUAAAGAAAUAUUUGUCAGAUCUUACAUUGAUGAUAAUGAAUGAUUGACUAUUUCCAUGAACAUUUAAAAUAACCUUCUAACUAUGUUCAUUCAAUAAAUCC